CAAGAUCUUAAAUAAGUGGCUGGGAGCUGGAAAUUUCCGCACGUGACAAGCGACGCGCCGCUAUAUGAGGAAACCGGCUGAGAGCAUCCAGACCAUUCAGCCAGCUGCGCGCAAGACGCACACUCCAACUCCAGUAGAGUUUAAAGGGUAGCUGCACGCCGCGAUCAGAGCAGACUGAUAGAGAGUGAAAAGUCCAGGUUAAAGCGAGUCUAAGACAUAAAGAGAACUGCAAGAAAAAAAAAGCAACCUUCCCCUCCCAUUCACCACUUUUUUUUCAUCCCUCCUUCUCGGACCUCCACUCUCAAGACGCCAGAUCUUCCCAGUCACUCAGAGAGAGGGAUGCUGCAUACUGCUGAGCCGCACUUGCACUCAGACGGAACAUAGAAGCGGGAUUACACUUCAUCUUUUCUGGAGAAGUGACCUAGAGCUGAUUCUGGCUGCUUUUACGCACCGUUUCCUACUCAAGUGUUGAAAAAAAAGGGGGGGAAAUCUGGACAUUACCACACAGAAGAAUCUCUUCUUUCUUCUUUUACGAUCACAGGAAGGUGUUGAUUUCGUUAUUCUUAUCACACCUUUGUUUUCUUCUCAAGCACGGACACUUUUUUCCCCUCUUAACUAUUAACAGGAGAACCAUCAGCGCGCUUUUUAAAGAUGCUUCCACCCGAGGACGUGAUACCGUAUCGCGUCUUAUCUGACGUUUGACACAUUAAGGAUCAGAUAAAGGAAACUGGAGGAAUUGGACAAAAGCAAAGUCAGAGAACUUCUUUUAAGCCAGGCUGUUUGGCUUUUUUUCUUCUUCUUUUUCUUUAUUGGAAUCCAAGCAAACCAGACCGCCGUCCAGAUGCAGUUUCGACUAUUCUCAUUUGCCCUGAUCGUCUUGAACUGUAUGGAGUACAGCAACUGUCAGGCGCCGUCGCACCGCUGGAGGAGAAACAAGAGAGCGAGCUAUGGAGCAUACCCCAUCUGUAAAGGCUGCUCAGUGUGCUCCAGGGAUAAUGGCUGUGUGAACUGCCAGCCCAAACUCUUCCUGUUCCUGCGAAGGGAGAGGAUGAGGCAGUACGGCGAGUGUCUUCACGACUGUCCAGCUGGAUAUUACGGCAUGCGCAGCCCUGAAAUCAACAUGUGCUCCAGGUGCAGGAUAGACAACUGCGAGUCCUGCUUCAGCAAAGACUUCUGUACCAAGUGCAAAUCUGGUUUUUACCUACACAAAGGGCGCUGUUUUGAUAAGUGCCCCGAGGGUUUUGCCCCACUGGAAGACACAAUGGAGUGUGGAGAGGGCUGCGAGGUGGGGCAGUGGAGUGAGUGGGGAGCCUGCACCAGGAGAAACAAAACCUGUGGCUAUAAGUGGGGUCUGGAGACCCGAACGAGGUACAUCGUCAAGAAACCUCCCAAGGACACAAUACCGUGUCCCACCAUUGCUGAGUCCAGGAUGUGCAAAAUGGCCAUGAGACACUGCAGGAGAGGUAAUUCAGGAAAGCACCGAUCCAAAGAGCCAAAAAAGAAUAAGAAUAAGCAGAGGCUGCGGUUUCGGGCCCAGAACCAGCACACUGACCACUUGGCCUCUGCGCUCUCCAGCCAGUAAGGACAAAAAACUCCCAGUGAACACAGAAACCAUCGCAAAGCUGCUAACCGCUGCUUCACCCAUACUCCAGCUGACAACUACCACUUCCCCAUCCGCCUCGCCACUUGCUUCCCAACCCUCCUCAAGCCUCCUCCGCCCUUCCCGCCAGGACACAAUUCAACCAUCUCCCUCCAGCACCAAACCCGCCACCCUGCCAAAAAAAAUGAUGUGCCGUAUAUGUCUGAUAUCAUUACCAGUACAUGCUCUGCCUCCCACAGCUUCCCCCUUUUGUUCCAGUGACCAGUUGAGGACUCAGCUGCUCCCAGCAACAUCCCUUGCCUUGUGGACCUUCACACUUGACAUAAUUGAACUCAUUUUACGUCAUUAACGACUCCAUGAACUAAACAGGGUGACAGAAGGUGAAGGGGAACCUGGAGGUACCGUGGAAGCAGGAGAGACUGGAAGAGGGAGGCAGAAAGUGGGAGUCAGGGAGUUGGCAAGCUGAACUGUAAAAGAGGGAAGAAUGUGACAAAUCCUCUAGGAUGAAGAAGAGAAGGUUCAGUUGAAGCAAAUGAUGCUAAUGGACAGUAAAAAAAAAAGGCAUCUAGAAAUAAGAGACUGUUUUUUGUUCAUAUAUUUAUGUCAAAGCUACCCUCGCCUUCCCUUUCUCCAAAUGGAAACAGAGUUUUUUCCAUCUGUGGCCUUUAUGUUAUGUAUAUUUUCCAGAGUAAUAUUAAAAGAAGAUCCCUGCAUAAUUGCAAAAUAUUUUAUUCUCAGCACAAACUGUUUACGUUCAGACCGCUAUAUGCUGUAUCUGUAUAAUGUCAGUCACUUAAAAAAAACCAAGAAAUUUAGUUCAACUAGCAUGGCGACAGACUUGUACAUAGUUGAUCUAAUUAUAAAACCUUAUUACUGUAUUUUCAGUAUUGAGUCAUUCAGCAUUCUAAAUGUUUUAGAAAUAAAAAAGUGGUUGUAAUACAAGCUACAGAUUAAAAUAAUGAAAAAUAUAAUAAACUUAGCCACCUCAUAGCUAUUUCCUUCAUAUGGUAUAUAUUUGAUUUAUUUAUUAAUUAAGUUUUGUACUUUUUUUUGUUAAGUGAAAAGUUUUGCCUCUGAGAUAUUCUUUCCUUAUAUCAUUGCAUAUCUCUAACAUGCAGCAAAGAUUUUGUCUGUCAUACAAGUGUUGUAGGCUGUUACAUUCGUUUGACCUCAUCUACUGAUUUUGAUGCUUUAUAAAAGGAGAAAAAAAUGAAACUCUGCUUUGUUGUAUUCUAGGUUGAAUAAUUAGGCUCCAGCUAAUGUAUGGUCAUAGGACUGCAUAUGUGUACAUUGUGUUUUAUUAAAACUGUGUUUCAUGUGACUGUAUGAUAAGGCCUUUCAUUAGAGUCUGUGGCUAUAAUAUAUGUGGCUAAACUCUGAA